AAAGGGUCAGUUCUGUUAAGAAGUCCUCCUUUUCAUGUUCGUGCUCAUAAGUCCGACGCUUGCAACGCACGGGCGAUGUCUUCCGCUUUGAGACUUAUCAGGAGAAUGUUGACCGCAUGGAUAACGCUAGCGGCCCUCGUCCCGACAUGUUUGUGCUCGUUAUCUGAUGAUUCUUCCUUCUCACUCGUCAACAAAGCCACGGGCUCCUGUCUACUGAAAAAAACGUCCCGCUGCCUGGACGUGCGCUGGACCAGCGGCGACCGCAUGUUCGUCACCACCACCAAAAAGUGCCUGGGGGCUCAGGGCCGGAGCGUGGGCAGCGAGGUCAAUGUGUACGACUGCGACGACAAGAGCGACCUCCAGAAGUGGGAAUGCAGGAACGGGACGCUGCUGGCGCUGAAAGGACAGCAGCUCUACAUCGAGCUGUUUUCGGACAGUGGCAUCCGGCUCUCGAAAACGACCGGACCGAGCAACGAGUUCACCAUCAUGGGGACGGCCAAUGGCGCCUGCUCUCGAACACACCGAGCUUAUUACACCAUCGAUGGAAAUGGAAAUGGAAGGCCGUGUAUGUUUCCCUUCCUGUAUAAAGAUCGCUGGUUUGGCGACUGCACUCCCUAUGACUCCUCCAUUAAGCGUCCUUGGUGCGCUAUUGGGACCAAAUACGAACACGAGUUGUGGGGAUACUGUCCGACUACAUCUACAGAACACUGGAACAAGAACCACAUCACAGGAGCUUAUUACCAGCUGAACACUCAGUCGGUUCUGAGCUGGGCUCAGGCCGACGUGAGCUGCAAGCAGCAGGGGGCCAACCUGGUCAGCAUCACGGAUACCAACGAGCAAGCUUUUAUCUCGGCACUGUUAGGAAAUAAGAAGAACAGGUUGUGGAUCGGGCUGGUCCUGAACCCUGAGCACGGCUGGCUGUGGUCUGACGGGAGGCCAAUGCGAUACCUCAGAUGGAGCAGUGGAUAUCCGCUUCCUAAUCCGGGCCACAACUGCGCACUUCUGGACUCGGAUGGGCUGCACAGGUGGCAGACGUUAUCCUGCGCCAAGAAAAUAGGCUACAUCUGCUUCAAAGCCGGAGCUCCGCCAGUCCCACCUCAGGUGGAGCAAGGGUUCUGUACAAGCCCGUGGAUUCCCUACAAUGGCCACUGCUUCCACCUCGUCCGUACUCCGAAGACGUGGACCGACGCCCAGAAGGACUGUCGCAAGGAGGAGGGGGCACUUGUGAGCAUGCGCAACGUGGAGGACUUCGGCUUUGUCGUCUCUCAACUCGGAUACGGCUCCACCGACGAGCUUUGGAUCGGCUUCAACGACAGGAGGACGGAGGGCCUGUUCGAGUGGAGUGACGCCGCGGAUGUCACCUUCACCGUCUGGCAGUACGGCGAGCCCACUACCUCGGCAGACGAUGAGGACUGCGUUCUCAUGGGGGGCGAGAACGGCAACUGGGCAGAUCGCUCCUGCGAUGAAAAGCACGGCUUUGUCUGCAUGAAGCAAAGCAGCACCACGCACACGGCAGAUGAAAUUGACGUGGAUAUUGGCUGCAAAGCUGGGUGGAAGAGACAUGGCUCUUACUGUUACUUUGUGGGGACGGAGACAAGAACGUUUGACGAGGCCAAAGACCACUGCAAGACAUCGGACUCCAGUUUAGCGGACGUGUUUAAUGGGGUGGACAACGCAUUCUUGGUCAGCUUGGUGGGACUGAGACCUGAGAAGUACUUCUGGCUGGGCCUCUCCAACCAGAAAGACUAUGAAAUGUUUGAGUGGACCAACGACCAGGCGGUCCGAUUUACGCACUGGAACAAUGAAAUGCCCGGGAAUAGACAAGGCUGCGUUGCCAUGACAACGGGGAUUUUGGCCGGGCUGUGGGAUCUGCUGCCCUGCACCAAUAAGGAGAAAUACAUCUGCAAGCACCUGGCUGAAGGGGCCGUGUUAACGCCCCCGCCGCCUACUGUCGUCCCGCCUCAGUGUGCCGAGGGCUGGAUCCGAUCUGGAACAAGAAACAUCUGCUCCAAGUUCUUUACAGGGCCCCGUGAAGGAGAGAAGACUUGGUUUGAGGCCCGAGAUUACUGCAGGGCCAUUGGAGGAGAUCUUCUCAGCAUCCACAAUAGCGCUGAGCUCUUUGUAGGACGCCAUGGAAAGGCCUGGAUUGGACUUCAUAUUGCUGACCCAAGCACUGGCUAUGUGUGGAGCGAUGGAUCCCCACUAAACUACCAACACUGGCAGGAAGGAGAGCCAAACAAUUUUCAAAAUUCUGAAUCGUGCACUGAAUUCCGGAUUCAUCGAUCCGACGACAGCGGGUCCUGGAAUGAUGUUCACUGUGAGAGUUACAACGACUGGCUCUGUCAGAUCCGCGCAGGAGUGACUCCGAAGCCACCUCCCAACGAUACUGCACCAGUGUUCAACGAGACCUCAGAUGGUUGGUUGCAGUGGAGAGGGAGUCAGUAUUACAUCAACAGAGACGCCAAGGCUAUGGAAGAUGCUCGUCAUUUCUGCCAGCAGAGACACGGCGAUCUGGUGUCCAUCAGCAGUGAAGCCGAGAGCAUCUUCCUGUGGAAACAGGUGUCCAGAAGCUAUGGGACUUACUACAUAGGUUUGUCCGUGGACCUUGACGGCUCAUUUUGGUGGAUGGAUGGCACUUCCGUGGGGUACCAAAGAUGGGACGAGGACCAACCUGAUCCCAACUCCUACGAUAAGAACUGUGUUGUUAUGAACUACUUUUUGGGCUUGUGGCGCGGUUCCAACUGCGGCGAAGAGCACCAGUUCAUGUGCAAGCGCGGGUCGUCGGCGCCCGUCAACACCACCGCCAGCCCCACCGUUCCCCCGAAAGGCGGCUGCCCGCUUAAAUGGACCAAAUUUGACUCCAGGUGUUACAGCAUCAACAGUAACCGGAAGACCACCUGGGAAGAAGCAAGGAAGCAGUGCAUCACCAUGGGAGGCAAUCUAGUCUCUAUCGCCACCAGGCGUGUGCAAGCGUUUUUGACCACCAAAAUGGCGGAAGUGUCUGCAGACCUGUGGAUCGGCUUGAACAGUUUGACUCAGGACGCCUUUUUCUGGAGCGAUGGAAAAGCCAGACACUACACCAACUGGGUCUAUUCCGUGCACAGACGUCGACAGGGGAGUUUUUACCAAAGAUGGAAUGAGGAAAGUUGUGUUCUCAUGACAAACAAUCCCACUCUUGGAAUUGGAAAGUGGAUGAUCAAGUCCUGCAACGACAGCAACGGAUUUAUUUGCACCAGGAGUCUCGACUCGGGUAUCCCGUCCCAGCCCGAGCCGGCGGUCCCCAACAUCUACAUGACUUUGGGAAACGACAGCAUCAAGGCGGUGACUCAGAAACUGAGCUGGGACCAGGCCAAGAAGCACUGCGAAGGCGAUAAAGCCAAGCUGGCGAGCCUGAGGAACGAGUGGACGCAGGCCUACGUGGAGCUCUUGGCGUUAAAUCUCAAAGCCCCUCUUUGGAUCGGACUGAACAAAAAGGAGACCCAGGGUUAUUUUAGGUACAUCGACGGCUGGCACAUGCCGUUCGCCAGCUGGGACGAAGGGGAGCCGAGCCAGGACCGCCCUUGUGUGUACCUGGACCUGAACGGCAAAUUUAAAACAGCAUUGUGCAACCAGACCAUGAGCAGCGUUUGCAUGCAGUCGACAGAUGUGCCGCCAACGCAGUCUCUCAGCUACCCGGGGAUUUGCCCCGAGGAGGCGAUUGUGGACUACCAGCAGAGCUACACUUGGCUGCCCUUUAAGUCUCAUUGCUAUUUGUUUGCCACUGACGAGAUCGAGUGGGCGAAUGCGGCCUCGAGCUGCGUGAGACACGGGGGACUUUUGGCCAGCAUAGAAGACCCCGAGGAACAGGCCUUCAUUCAAAACAACAUCGAGGUGUUCCAGGACAGCCACACCUCCUUCUGGGUCGGACUGUACAAAACCCACAAAGGAACGUGGAUGUGGUUGGAUAAAACCACAGUGGACUACACCAACUGGUCUCCAGAAGCCAACGAGAGAGACUUCGGGGAGAUAAGAACCGCCGACGGCACUUGGAUGUCCGGCCUCAAGUGGCACGACCGGGCGUACAUCUGUGAGACCCCCAAAGUGAUGCCCAACGAAAACGACCCGGAGUCACAGCCACGAGGGGGUCCGGAUUCCGGCUCCCGUGGGCACACCAGCCUGAUCGUGGUGCUGAUCAUCACCCUCACGUCCUCGCUGAUUGUCCUCGCCUUCUUCCUCUACAAGAAGUCUUCGCGGUCGCUGCCCACCUUCGACAACCCGCUGUACUUCGGCCGAGAGCGAACGCAGCCCGACGUGGUCGACACCAAUAAACUGAUCGAGAAGGCCGAGGAGGAGAUCCCGGAGCCCAUCAUCGCUCUGUGAUCCAGCAGUCGGCAGAGUCCUGGUGGGACGUAAACAUAUCUCACCCUCCAUCUUUGUUUUCUACUGGUAUAUAGUCACUAAUUUAAUACGAAGCGGGAGUUUCUUUGAAGUCGACCGCGUCCGACUUCAUGGAACUGAACUGUUUAGGCUCUGGGACGUCUCAUCGGAAGUGGUUGGGUCGUGGUCUUCUGUCUGCACACGGACGUAUGACGUGACCGCGCCCUAUCGUUGGUGUACGUCGCUCGGAAUGACAAUUCAAACAUCCACCAGGGAAUUUUUCUUAAAUGCUCAAGGAUCAAACAUCUUUCCAAACAGGAGGUUUAGCCAAGUCGGACACUCGUCCAUCGGAAGGAUGGGAAGUCCUCCAUAAGAGCCUCGGAUUGACUGGCCGUGCUUCAAUUUUCUUAUUAGGACAAGUUGUAAAAUCUCUGCUUAGUCUUAACUUUUUUUUGGCGUUUGAUGCUACCCCUUGAAACACCAAUUUGCUUUGACUUUUCUCUCCUUAGACACCACAACCGUCGGUUCAUUGACUCACACUGAGCUACUGUGGUUGGGAUCGUACAUUUUCUGUUUUGCUUUUCAAUACCUGAUCCAGGAAAUGUAUCCAGUGAUAACGUGCAUUUUGAUGUAACUCUAGUAGCUGCUACACGCUGAAUGGUAAAGCUACGAAUUGGCCCCUUGACAUACCAGUAAAUACACUUACACUCCCUUCUCACAGUUACUUAACGGUUGGCCACGAGUCAACAUUGUUAGCCACCUGUUGUGUUUCCUGUGUGUGUGUAAGUAGCGCUCUGUGAACCAACAUCAGUACAUAAAGUUGUCUGGUACAAUUCCCCAA